AUGUAUGAGCAGCCCAGGGGCCCGCCUUUACUGGGGGGCCCCUGGAACAGCAGCUACUCAUGGGAAGGCCGGCGGCUAUCAGAUUCAGGUGACAAAGCAGCAGCAGCAGCAGCAGCAGCAGCAGCAGCAGAGAAUGCGCGGAGCUGGUCAGGCAGCUACGCAGCUAGCCAAACAGCUAGCCAGGCAGCUAGCUACUCAGCUAGCUACAGCAGAGGACAAGACAGCAGCAAAGAAUCAGAUUUUGCUGCUGCAGCUUCCUACGGCGAGGGACCCUUCGCUGCUGCUGCUGCCCAGAGGCGUCACCAGCAGCAGCAGCAGCUGCAGCACCAGCUGCUGCAGCAGCAGCGGCUGCAGCAGCAGCAGCAGCGACAAAGGCAGCACCGCCACUGGCAGCAAGAGUCGCCCCGGGAAAUGCUGAGAAGAAGGUCAAGUGCAACAUUAGAGCUCUUGCGGCAGCAGCAGCAGCAGCAGCAGCAGCGGCAACGGGAGCAGCAAAGAAGAGCCCGCCAGCAGCAUCACAUGCAGCAGCAGCAGCAGCAGUACAGUGACAGUGGGAGCUCUUCAUACUUCAGAAGAGAAGAGGCAGCAGCAGCAGCAGCAGCAAAUGCAGCAGCAGCAAUAAGACACGCACAGAAGGCAGCAGCUCUUAAUAACAGUUUUGCUGAAGUCCAGCGGACGCUGCAGCGCGCCAUUCAGAAGAGGACUGGCCUGCAGGAACAGCAGCAGCAGCAGCAGCAAGAGCAGCAGCAGCAAGAGCAGCAGCAGCAGCUGCUUUUCCCCAGCCGCAGCGAAGCAGACGCGAGGCACGAUGAGGUGUACAGACAGCUGCUCAGCAACGGAGCGAAACAAGCAGCAGCAGAUGCUGCUGCUGCAAGGCAGUCAGGACAGCAGCAGCAGCAGCAGCAGCAGCAGUCUUUCGUAAUUGAGGGAACCUUCACUGCCAGCUGCACAGCUUCUCCUGCAGCAAGUCCGCCCCACACUCCGGUGCCUGCGUGCAGAGGGGCCCCAUCAGCAGCAGCAGCAGCGGCAGCAAGUGCAGCAGCAACGGCAGCAGCGGCGGCUUCUGCUGCAGCAGCAGCGCAGCAGCAGCAACAGCAGCAGCCGCAGCAGCAGCAUGAGAAAGACACUACCAAGCUGCCUCCUAGAAAACCUGAAGCAGCAGAUGCUAGCGCAUGCGCUGCGACCCAGCAGAAGCAGCUGCAGCUCCGGCUGCAGCAAGAGGAGCAGCAGCAACAGCAACAACAACAGCAGCUGCUGCUGCUGCAGCAGCAGCAGAUUGUGGAGGCUGUACAGACACCCCUGUCAGCUAGCUCUAAUGCUUUGGCGAACGAAAUGCUGCGGCGCCAGCAGCUCCAGCAAGAGCAGCAGCAGGUUUUGCAGCACCAGCAGCAGCAGCAACUGCUGCUGCAGCAGCAGCAGAGGCUGCAGGAGCAACAAAAGCAGCAGCAGCAGCAAUAUCUGCAGCAGCAGCAGCAGCAACGACAAAUGGCAGCAGCUGCUGCCUCUAGGCCUCCAGGCCCAGCAAGCCUUGUUCUUUCUGAACGCCGGCUACCUCUGCGGCAGCAGCAGCAGCAGCAACAGCAGCAGCAGCAACAGCAGCAGCAGCUGCAGCAGCAGCAGCUGCUGCAGCAGCAGCAGCAACUACAGCUGCAGCUCCAGCAGCAGCAGCAACAGCGAUACUUUCAGCAGCAGCAACAGCAUCAGCAGUCUAUCCCGCAAAUCUGCGCUUCUUCUUGCUGUCAGCUCCAGGAUCAGGAGCAGCAGCAGCAGCAGCAGGAGCAGCAGCUGCAGCAGAAGCAGCAGAAUUCAUGGCAGCAGCCACUCAAGCCUAAUGAACCAGCAGCAGCAGCUGGAGCUGCGGCUGCCAUGCCAGUGUUCCGCCAGUACAGUGGGAACGCCCUGUUGCAGCAGCAGCAGCAGCAGCAACCACAGCAGCCGCAGCAACCGCAGCCGCAGCAGCAGCAGUUGCUGCCGCAGAAGCAGCAGCUGCUGCAGCAGCAGCAGGGGCCCUUGGCAAGUUCCGGCUCCCUUCCGCUUGCGCGCAGCAGCGGUAUCAUCCCUGCCCCGCCCAACCCCAUCAGCAGCAGCAGCAGCAGCAGCAGCAGCAGCAGCAGCAGCAGCAGGGGGUUUGACGCGCAGGCCUAUUUGCUGCGAGUGUAUCUCUUAGACAGCAGCCACAGACUUGAAAUAAUUCGAAGAGGAAUUCAGGCGGAGCUGCUGAGAGACGCGUUCAGCUUCUGGGUGCUGCAAACCAA